AUGGAGCGAGAAGAAAAACUACGGCUAUAUAUAGGAAAGGUUGCCAAUCGUAAUUCAACUAAUUUUUAUGAUUUUACAUCAUCAGACACGGAAAAAAAUCAUUCGAGUGACAAUAAUUCUGAUGAUGAUUUCAAAGUUAAAGAAAAAAAAUCAAAAAAAGUCAUUGCAAGCAAGAAGAAAUUGAAACCUUUAAUAACACCAGAAUUAGCAGUUGUGUUGGAUAGAACUAAAGUCAGUGAUCGGCAAGCAACUUUUAUCAUUGGAGCUACAGUAAAAAGUUUAGGUGAAGACAUUAAUUCUUUUGCUUGUAGUCGAAGUACGAUAAAACUACAUCGUGAAAAAAUGAGGCAAGAAAUGGCUAAUUUUAUAAAAGAAUCGUUUACACCAAAUAUCAAAUUAACUGUUCACAGGGAUGGAAAAAUGAUGUCUGAUCUCACAUCUAGAGAGCAUGUAGACCGCCUGCCAAUAUUAGUUUCAGGAGGAGAACAAGAAAAAUUACUCAGUAUAAAAAAACUAUCAUCGUCGACUGGAGAGGUGCAUUCUCAAGCCGUUUUUGAUUGCUUGAGUGAACAAGAAUGGAACUUAAGCCAUAAUAUUGUUGCCAUGUGUUUUGACACGACGUCCUCGAACAUCGUGAAAUACAAAGGAUCUUGUAUACUAUUGGAACGUUAA